AUGCGUCUCCAUGCUGCGUUGAGUCUUGCAGCUUGUCUCGCACCGGUAUCUGCGAUUUUCGAGGAUGACGCCUACCACAUCGACUUUCACUACGCGCUGUUAGGCCUACCGAAGCGCGAUGCUACCUUCUUCCAGAAGCCGUACGGCGGCUCGAAAGCUUCUCUUCUGUACUCGAUCUCAGAAAAUCAGACAAUCGGCGCCAUCAAUCCAAAAGACGGCGCCCUUGUUUGGCGACAGCAUCCUGCGUCAGAACCCCGCAGCAAAGGCCACCUAAGAGCAGCAGACGAGCAAGAUACAAUUGUUAGCGCUGCAGGGAAUCGGGUAACAGCCUGGAGCUCCUCAGAUGGUAGACUAGUGUGGGAGACGAACGUCGAUGGGGCAGUUGUGGAGGACUUGGAGAUCUUGGAGCAGGAAGAUGGCAUUACAAAAGAUGAGGCUAAGGACGCUAUUGUUUUGGUGUCUGGUACCAGCCACGGAGUCAAGAGACUUGAUGGAAAGACCGGUCGUGUGAAAUGGACAUACGAGGAUACCAGCAGUGACAUGCCCUUCCAAGUAUCUACCUCGCCCACAACCAUCUACUACAUUUCACUACAUCCAUCUAUAAUUGGUGCCGGUUCGAAGUUGAAGGUCACUUCGCUAAGCCCUAUCACCGGCAAGAAGCUCGACCAGUACACGCUCAGCUCAGACACCGAGAUUACAUCGAGAGACCACAUCGUCUUUGCUGGAGCAAACACUGCAGCGCCUAUACUGGCGUGGACUGACAAGACCAACAAGGUUCUUAAGGUCAAUAUCAUUGGCACAAAGGCCGUCACAAGCUUCAACACACCUGGAAACUAUGCUAUCGAGAAGGUCGUACUGCACGCGCCAGGACAUGUGAACUCUCAGGCACACUUCCUUGUUGAAUACCAAACCGCUUUCGGUCACUCUGCUGAGGUUUAUCACGUUGAUUUGAAGAAGAACACCGUGUCUAAGGCUUACAGCCUCCCAGAGCUACAAGUCAGGGGUACUUUUGCUACGAGCACAUCGGAUGCCAACGUCCAUUUCGUCAGAAUCACUGAAGACGAAGUCAGCGUAGUUUCGUCGACCUCGCAUGGCAUACUUGGUCGCUGGCCUACUGCGGGGUCGCCUGCUUUAGCGGGAGGUUACCCGGUACACGCAGUCUCGGAGGUAGUGGUCAAGUCUGGAGCAGCUACUGCCACCAGGUCAGCCGUACUGUUUUCUAAUGGACAGUGGGCAUUGAUACGCAACGGUGAGAUCGCUUGGACCAGGCCAGAGUUUCUGUCUCAGGCUUCGUCUGCUGUAUGGGCAGGCCUGCCGGAGGUUGAAACCCUUGCGGCUGAGUUGGAGGUUGAGCGCCAUCAGAAUGUGGUAUCAGCUUAUGUUCACCGAGUGAAAAGACAUAUCCAGGAUCUGGAGCAUUUCCCCGCAUGGGCGCAGAGCCUGCCCCAGCGGCUCCUUGGCAGUGUUGUUGGCAAACCAAAGGAGUCUACUGUCGAUGACAUUCAGCAAGACACCUUCGGUUUCCACAGGCUUGUUGUUAUCGCAACCGAAAGCGGUCGUCUCGCAGCACUUGACGUAGGCUCUCGUGGCAAGGUCCUGUGGAACGUGCACCUGGAGCGAUUCGCCGAUACCAAGUUUGAGUAUCCCACCCUCAAAGCACACAGCGGCUACGUCGAAGUCAAGGACCCGAGCUUCGAUGGUUCAGUGUUCAUCAACUCGACUACGGGCGGCCUGGCCUCGUCGGUCAAUCUCCAGAUGCAUAUGCCUCUGGUAGCUGAAGGACAGAAGCUCGUGUCUUUUGGUCUGGCAAAUGGCGUAUUAACAGGAACUUUGCCCAACCAGCCAAGCUCGGAAUCUAUUUGGAGCUUUGAGCCUCCGAGUGGUGAGCGCAUAGUCGGCUACACCUUGAGGCCACUCAAUGACCCUGUCGCCUCCAUUGGCAAAGUUCUAGGAGAUCGGAGGGUACUCUACAAGUACUUGAAUCCCAAUCUUGUCCUUGUCACCGCGGUUUCAGACUCUACCCGCACCGCCUCGGUCUAUCUUCUAGACUCUGCUUCAGGCCAGCUGCUCCACACCAUGUCGCACUCUGACAUUGACACAUCUCGCCCAAUCCCAUCUACCAUUUCAGAGAAUUGGUUCAGCUAUUCCUUGACCGUUGACUCGACCUCUUCGCCUGAGUCUCGUGGUCACCAGCUUAUCGUCUCUGAUCUCUACGAGUCUCCCCUGCCUGACGACAGAGGUCCUUUAGGGGCUUCUUCGAACUCUUCCAUUCUGGAGCCUUCGAGCUCCCAAGGCGAUGCCGCAAAGCCUUAUGUGCUAUCGCAAAGUUACCAAAUCGCAGCAGAGAUCUCGCACAUGACUGUGACUCAGACGAGACAGGGCAUCACUAGCCGCGAGCUCAUCAUUACGAUACCCUCAACCAAUUCUCUUGUCGGCAUUCCCCGCCAAGUCAUCGACCCACGACGCCCUAUUGGCCGUGACCCCACUGCGAAUGAACAGGCAGAAGGCCUUAGCAGAUACACACCUCUACUUCCUCUCGAUUCGAAGUGGCACCUCACUCACAAGUAUGAAGUCCUGGGCAUCAGGGACGUCAUUACGAGCGAAAGCGGAAUCGAAAGUACAAGCUUAGUGUUUGCUUACGGUCAUGAUAUCUUUGGCACCCGAGUCGCUCCCAGUUUUGCAUUUGAUAUCUUGGGCAAGGGGUUCAACAAGAUUCAGAUGCUUCUUACCGUCGCUGCAUUGUUUGUCGGCGUUUUGUUCGUCGCCCCGUUGGUCAGGAGGAAGCAGAUCAACUCCCUUUGGACAAUACCCUAG